AUAUACAUACAUAUAUACAUGUAUAUACAAACCAAAGUUUUAAUUUUUAUUUUUAUUUUGAGUGAAGCUGCGGUGGUAUAUAUCUGGUUAAGUUGUGGGCUUAUUGUCUCAAGUAUUGUGCAAUUGUGUUGGUGUGUUGUGGAUAUUUGUUGUACUGCUACUCGUUCUUCCUCUGUUACAGCCUAGGAUGUACUGUACAAGGGCACAGAAGAACAUAAAAGACCACUACUACUACUACUCCUCUUUCAACUUGCAGUAGCAGACAGACUACUAUUAUAUACAUCUACUGCUUUACAGCCCACACAAACAAAAAAAAGGAAAAAGAAAUCAUUUUUUUUUAAAAAUAUUUGUGAAAAAAACCCUCAUACACCCAUUUCCUCGUCUCUCUUUCUCUCUCUCUCUCACUUCUAUUCUUCAUCAUCGUCAUCAUUUUCCUCUAUCUUUAUCUCCCUCUCUGUGCUUCAAAUUUCAAUCCCAGAGUUUUCUUACAAGGUUGUGUGUUUGGAAUAUUCAGUAGAUGGCUUCUGUGACCAAGUAAUGAUAUUUUCAAUGGUGGUUUUUGGCUUAUUGUUUUUAUUUUGAAUUGAUUUUUUAAGGGGUUGGUGGUUUGGUAGGGAGGGAGUAAUAGUAGUAGUAAUAAACCCUGAGAAGGGUAGUGUUGUCGGCGCCAAGGUCACUUUCUGUCGGCAUUGUCUGUAUCCAACGAUGAUUCUCACAAAAUAUAGAUUAUUAAUUCACUAAUUUAUUCUAAAGUACAACUCGGAGAUAGAUGCUUCUCGGACUGCUGUUCUGUUGAUUCAUCAUUCUCUCCCUCUCUGUAUUCCUUUUCUUCCUUCCACUCUUUAAUCACCUCUCUCUCUGUUAUUUUUCUCUCCCUUUUCUUUAUUUAUUUCCUCUGAUCAUGAUUUAACACCCACCCAAUUCCCCAUUCAUGGCUUCUUCUCUUUCUACUAUCACUAUCUUUUUCAUCUUCUUCAACAUUUGCUUCUGAUCACUUCUGGGUGUACCAUUAGCAAAUGAAGCUGAGGUUUUGGAAGAUCUGGCUGCUUUUCUUCUCUGGGAACACAGGUUCAAUGUUCAAUAAUUUGCAUAUUAGUAAUAGUCAUUGAACCAGUUCCUAUACCAGAUGUCAAGUACCCUUGCAGCGAUAUUAGGAGGUGCUGCAGGAGCGUUGGCAUUGGUGGGGAUUCUCUUCUUGCUCAUAUGGUUCUGCCUAUCUCGCAGUCGCAGUGUGUCAAGAACUUCUGAGACAGGUUCUUCUGAUCCAUCUGUUCAAGUUGGAAGACAUGCUGGGAUUGAGUUAUCGAUACGAGAGGCUAGACAUUUUGAGAUGGACGAGUUGUCUCUUGCCACCAAAAAUUUUAGUGACAGAAGCCUGAUUGGGGAAGGGAAAUUUGGGGAAGUCUAUAAGGGUUUACUUCAAGAUGGGAUGCUUGUGGCUAUAAAAAAGCGUCCCGGGGCACCUACUCAGGAAUUCAUCGACGAGGUACGAUAUUUGUCAUCUAUUCAGCAUCGGAAUCUGGUGACACUUUUGGGUUAUUGCCAGGAAAACAACAUGCAAUUCCUCGUCUACGAGUAUGUACCGAAUGGAAGUGUUUCCAGUCACCUGUACGGUAACUCUCUAUCCAGAUGUAUAUAUAUGUAUGUCCUUUCAUUUGUUGUAUCUGUCAUUAAAUGGCAAUUUCCAUCUAGCACAUGCAUAGUUGGCAUAUUUGCCUUUGCAGGUUUGGAGUAAUAUCUAUCCAAAUACAUGAGAAAUCUGAUAUUUUCAUACACAACUGGUCCAUCUUCCAAAAUCACAGCAGAUGAGAUAUUCCUCGCCCCAGAGGUGCGUGAGUUCAGGGGAUUUUCUGAAAAAAGUGAUGUUUAUAGUUUCGGAGUAUUUCUUCUGGAAUUGGUUAGCGGAAGAGAUGCAUCAGAAUUAGCUUCUUCAGGAACAAGCGAAAACCUGGUUGAAUGGAUUAUGAAGGUGCAGAAUAGUGAGGAUUACAGCAUUAUUUGGGGCAUCAUUGAUAAGAGACUAGGUAGUAAUUUCACAGCUGAAGUUAUGGAAGAGUUGAUAGAAUUGAUAAUCCGAUGUUUGGAAGGUUUGAGUGAGAGGCGACCUGCAAUGAGUUACGUUGUAAUGGAACUCGAUAGGAUACUCGAGAAAGAAGUAAGCUUGACAACAAUCAUGGGUGAAGGAACGCCUACCGUGACACUCGGAAGCCAGUUGUUUGAAGCAACAAAAUAAAACAAACUAGUUUGCCUCCAAAAUGUUUCAGUGUGUCAUCUUUGUCAUAUAUAUAUAUAUAUAUAUUUUUUUUUUUCAGAGGAGAUUCAGCUGUUUGAUAACUGUAUAAAGAACAGCUGUAUUAUUUUUUCAUUUUUUUCAUCAAAGUGUAUGAGAAAUAACUUGUUGUAAACCAUUAUUUUUUGUUAAUAUCAAAGUGAAGAUUGGAGUUGGUGUGAUUA